AUGUUGGGUUUUCUUUCUCGAGGAUUUGCUCACAAAUGCAAAGCUUUAAUGAAGCAUCCCCACUACUGCAAGCUCUUUUGCCCUCUCUGCUACGACGAAGCUCAAGCUGUUCUAGAAGCAGGGGUAAAUUAUUACAAGUUAUAUAUUAUGUAAUUUUUAUAAAGGGAACAAAGCUAUUUGAUAGACAAAGAAGAUCUUCACAAGAAGUACAAGCUUUUUCAAAAGGUUUUGCAUCCAGAUGUAUUAAGGUCUAAUGGAAUUACAAAUCCAAAUUACUCAAAAUUCCUAUCAGAAGCAUACCAGACGCUGAGUUGUGAUGUACAGAGAGGAAAAUACUUGGUGAGAAACUAGUUAGCUCAAGCUGCACAAUGAAAAUGUUGAAGAUUUUGCAAUGGAUGAUAUUGAAUUUUUGGAAGAGCAGAUUAGCAAAAGGGAGACUCUUCAGCAGCAAGGGGCGAGGGCAGCCAAAAAGAUAUUGAGAGAAGUGCAAAAAGAUGAGGAGGAACUCAAAAAGUGUAUAGAUAAAGGAUUUAAGCAAGAAAAUUGGAUGGCAAUUAGGGAAGCUCUAUCAAAGCUGAGUUUUCUUCAGAAGCUAGAGGAGGAAGCGAAGGAUUUGGAAGAGUUAUAG